AUGACCGCAGCCUCCAGCGACGCCGUCGAUCGCUCUGCGGACAAGCCCGCCCCAAGCUCCUCUUCGAACACGCUGCAAUCCUCCCAAAAUGUCGUCAAUGAUCCCACGCCGGCCACGGGCGCCACCGCCGGCGCACCAGCGGUGCAAAAUAAGGACGAACCCAUAAAAACUCAAGAGGCGGAAAACGCACCGGUUGAGGUGGACGAUUUCGGUCUCCCUAUUCGAGCUCGUUCUAAACCAGCUCCGCCUCCAAGUAGCAACUCGUCAGAAGCCGGCGAAUUCGCAGAUGCGAUCACCAAUCCUACAGAAGACGAGCCCACUGAGAAGCAAACCGAGCAGCCAACGGAGCCGGUAGCAUGCCAGGACAACCCUGAAGGCCAAAAGCCUCCCGCGGUACUGGAAUCGAGUGCGCCAGCUCCUCGUCUCACGUCAACCUCGAAAGCGAACCCCUCCCAAAUAUCUGAAUGGUCCCACAUGCGACUGGCUGCCCAACCACAAGUGCCGGAUGAGGACAGCGAAGAAGACGUGGAAGAGGAAGUCGAGUGGAAGGACAUGCGCGCCGCCGACGAGUUUGACUACUACGAUGAUUACGGGAGACUAGUUGUCAAGGGGGGCGUGGCAAAUGACAAUGAUGCCGUCUACAGAGGCCUGGGAGGUGCUGGGAAAGGGUAUACUCGAGUCCAGCUGGACGAAGAUGCGCAGUCCGCCAAUAGUCUAGACGAGGACACGAGCUACUUGUUCCGGGAUGCAGGAGGCAAUUCUGCUGCCUUUGAGGGCGAGGAGCUUCGCGACUCGCUCAGCCAACUGCAAGCCACGAAGGACCUUCUCAAUGAAACGCAGAAAAUCGCAUACGUGGGCGUGGUGAGGCUAGCCAUUCACCAAAUGACUUUUGAAUUGAUGAAGGUGCCAAAAACCAAAGCUACACGCAAAACAAUUCAGGACGCGGUGGACGCCUUGAGGAAAUGGGGCCAGGCGAUGAUGGGACGCUUAUUUAUGCAUAUGGAGAUCGACUCCGCCGAGCAGAUCAUGAUCGAGCAGCUUGCUGAACACGGCGUGCAACCCUCGGAUCUGGUGCGGCCUCUCAUGCAGAACGCGCGAGUCAAGAAUCCGAUGGCCGAGGAAGAAUCCCCAAAGAAAUCAACUUCUUCUGCGGCAUCUCCGGCCUUGAAAAGCGAUGUGUCGCGGGUGUCCACUGAAACUGCCAUGUCCUCUGAAAUUGGGUCUCCUCCGCCAUACGAUGCUCACGAGAACGAUGAUCCAGAUGUGCAUACGCCCUCGCAGAUGCCGACGUCUGAUCGAAUUGAUAUCGACCUUCGGUGGACGGUACUGUGCGACCUGUUCCUAGUGCUGAUAGCCGAUUCGGCAUAUGAUUCCCGCUCACGAACGCUUCUUGAGAAUGUUGGUGCCGCUAUGGAUGUGUCGUGGCUACAAAUCUGCCGUUUUGAGAAGCGGGUCACGGAUGCCCUGGAGAUGCAGCAAGAGGCAGAGAAAGAGAACUGGGACGAGUCUGGGCAUAUGGAGAGGCGCCGGAAGAUGGCACUGAAACGAAAAUACAUGGUUAUGGGGUUAGCAACCGUUGGUGGUGGUCUAGUUAUCGGUCUGUCGGCGGGGCUGCUGGCUCCUGUCAUUGGGGCUGGUCUUGCCGCGGGCUUCACCACCGUGGGUAUUUCUGGAACCAGUGCGUUCUUGGGAGGAGCCGGUGGAACGGCCUUGAUCGCAUCCGGUGCCACCGUGACCGGAAGCACCAUUGGAUUGAGGGCCUCAAAUCGGCGUACCGGUCCCGUGCAGACUUUCGAAUAUCGACCUUUGCACAAUAAUAAGAAAGUCAACCUGAUCGUCACUGUUGCCGGCUGGAUGACCGGCAAGGUGGAUGACGUCCGUCUCCCUUUCAGCACCGUGGACCCUAUUAUGGGCGAUCUCUACUCCGUCCUGUGGGAGCCUGAGAUGCUCCGAAGUAUGGGUGACACUAUCAAUAUUCUUGCCACAGAGGCAUUGACCCAAGGCCUCCAACAAGUGCUUGGCAGUACGGUUCUGAUGGCAUUAAUGGCAUCCUUGCAACUGCCCAUUGUUCUCACCAAACUCUCCUACCUAAUCGAUAAUCCAUGGAGCGUGUCGCUGGAUCGCGCGUAUUCAGCUGGUCUCAUCAUGGCCGAUUCCCUGCGGGAUCGCAACCUCGGCAACCGGCCUGUCACCCUCCUUGGUUUCUCCCUCGGCGCGCGUGUCAUCUUUUACUGCCUCCGAGAACUGGCUGACAAGGGCGCCUUUGGGCUGGUUCAAAAUGUGUAUCUCUUUGGGUCACCGAUCGUGGCAAAGAAGGACGAGUAUCUCAAGGCUCGCAGCGUGGUCUCUGGCCGGUUUGUGAAUGGCUACUCCACCAACGACUGGAUCCUGGGCUAUCUGUUUCGGGCUACGAGCGGCGGGAUCUCGCGAGUGUCUGGUCUCGCAGCUGUGGAGGGGAUCCCUGGCUUGGAGAACUUUGACUUGACCGAGUCUGUGAACGGACAUAUGGACUACCGUGCUGCUAUGCCUCGUCUCCUCAGGGAAGUCGGCUGGGAGGUGCUCGGUGACGAAUUUGCGGAAAUCGAGGACCCAGACCCCGACAACCAUGCCGAGCGACAGCGGGAGUUGAUCCGCGAGAUUGAUGAAGCUCGUCGUGAAGCAGAGGCGAAACCAGAGAAGAAGCGAUUUGGCCUCUUCAAGCGAGGGAAGCUGGCCGAGAAGAAAGGAUGGGAAACAUACGAUGUGGACCGGAACAACAAUCCCCACGAAUCCAGUGAGAUAACCAGUGGACCUGGGACUGUGCUCUUUGACAUUGAGGCUAUUCGAGCUGAAUUGGCUUCGGAGGCGAUCGAGGUCAAACAGCUGGAAUCGACCUUGCCUCCGAUGAAACUGGACCUGAAUCCUCUAGUCGAGUCCCGGUCGGCGCAACCGUCCCCAUCGAACGAGAAAGAAUCCAAGACUGGCGAACCAACCCCUGCUAUGCCACGAACUGAAGAAGAGAUUGAGAUGACCUAUGAUACUUCCUACCACAAGUCUCCGCCCACCGACUGGCCUGAUCCUCCCACGCGGCCGGAACUGCGGUCCUCAGCUACCGUGCCCACUCAUCUUAGGACCAGCGCUGUGGCGCCCGUCGAUCUCGAGCACAAUGCCUGGGCUGAUCAUGAUGAGGGCGAGAUCCAGAUGAGCUUUGAAUGA